CCGCGGUGUAUUGGUGCGCGCAGUACGCGCUCGGCGUUCCGUCUCGUCCGAACUCCCUCUUCCAUCCCACCCCCAUUGGCCUCCCAUCACAGGGACUGCAGAACCCAGACCAGCAGCCUCCCCUUGCGAAGACAGGAGCCCGCUCCUGGAUUACUGCAUUGUUUUGUCAUUUCCCAGCCACAGAGAUGGAGAAGAAGGAGAAAAUGGUGACGAUGAGGAUGACGAUGGUGCGCUCUCAAUGGUGGAUUUCCCUUUUGUUCAUCUGCGGAUUGAUGCACGUCGGUCACCAGAACAACCUCCAGCCCCUUAAUGCAGGCGUCUCGUCCAUCUUCAAUGCGCCUCAUAAAAAAGAAGGCAGGUUUCUGGGCAAGGAGGACACGCUGCCUGUCCGCCUGCUCUACAGCCGACACAACCACAGCCAGAUCGGCCACGAUCAGCUCAGCACCCGGGUGAGGGGCAGCCUCGGAUCCCCGCAGAUGAACCAUGUGGCCCAGGCCAGUUUUCAAGUAGAGGCUUUUGGCAGGAAGUUCACCUUGGAUGUGGAGCUAAACCAUGAUCUGCUGUCUUCAGAGUACGUGGAGAAACAUUUGUCAGCGGAAGGGAGGACAGUUGUCACCGCGGGAGGAGAGCAUUGCUACUACCAAGGGAAAGUCAGAGAUGUACCUCACUCCUUUGCUGCCCUCUCUACCUGCCAUGGACUUCAUGGAAUGUUCUUCGAUGGAAAUCACACCUACUUGAUCGAACCAGGCGGUGAGCGUGGCACCAACAAUGAGGAUGACAGUGUUCACACGCUGUACAAAUCUGGAGGACCAGAGAGACUUCUUCAUGAUCUCACUGCCUUUCCAGAGCCACCAUUUCCCAGCCCUGAAUUGCCUGGAUCAAGGGAUGUUUACCGGAGAAAAAAGAGACAGGCUCUACGUUUGUCACGAAGUGUUGGGGAUGAGACAAAAUAUAUUGAGCUGAUGGUGAUCAAUGACCAUUUGAUGUACAAGAAGCAUCGUCUCUGUGUCGGCCACACCAAUAACUAUGCUAAGUCAGUGGUCAAUAUGGCUGACAUGAUUUUCAAGGAACAGCUGGAUACUCGCAUUGUGUUGGUCGCCAUGGAAACCUGGUCCGCUGACAACAAAUUCAACAUCGACGACGACCCCAUUACUACCCUGAGAGAGUUCAUGAAGUACCGAAAGGACUUCGUCACAGAGCGAUGCGAUUCUGUACACCUUUUUUCAGGAAAUCUCUUUCACAACAACUGGAGCGGAGCGUCCUACAUGGGAGGUGUUUGCACUCUCUCUAAAGGGGGAGGAGUAAAUGAGUAUGGAAAAACAGAUGAGAUGGCCAUAACUCUCGCUCAAUCCCUAGGGCAGAACAUUGGCAUCUUUUCUGACAAGAAGAGGAUCCUUAGCGGAGAGUGCAAAUGUGACGAUUACUGGUCAGGCUGCAUCAUGGAUGAUGUUGGCUUUCACCUGCCCAAGAGGUUCUCUGACUGCAAUGUGGAGGAAUACUAUAACUUCCUCAAAAGUGGCGGAGGCGCCUGCCUGUUCAACAAACCCCAGAAACUGCUGGACCCUCCUGAAUGUGGAAAUGGCUUUGUGGAGCCAGGAGAGGAGUGUGACUGUGGCAGCCCACAAGAUUGUGCCAAAGAGGGAGAGAACUGCUGUAAAAAGUGCACCCUAACUCAAGGCUCCAAAUGUAGCGAUGGAUUGUGCUGCAAUAACUGCCAGAUGGAAUUCAUGGGGGUUGUAUGCCGGGAUGCAGUGAAUGACUGUGACAUCCCCGAAAACUGCACAGGAAACUCCAGCCAGUGUCCACCAAAUCUGCUUAAGAUGGAUGGUUACACAUGUGAAAAAGACCAGGGGCGCUGCUUUAAUGGAAGAUGCAAAACAAAAGAUAAACAGUGCAAGUACAUUUGGGGCGAGAAGGCCACUGCGGCUGACAAGUUCUGCUAUGAGAAGCUCAACAUCGAGGGGACAGAGAAGGGCAACUGUGGGAGAGAAAAAGACACCUGGAUCCAGUGUAACAAACAGGACGUUCACUGCGGUUAUCUGCUAUGCUCCAACAUCUCGCCUCCUCCACGACUGGGAGAACUACAAGGAGGCCUUACAUCCUUUUCAGUGGCAAGACACAGUGGCUCACUGGACUGCAGUGGUGCUCAUGUGGUGAUCGAUGGAGACACUGACCUGGGCUAUGUGGAGGAUGGGACGGCCUGCGGGACAGACCACAUCUGUUUCAACCACAAAUGUCUCCCCCUCCAGCAGUUCAACUUUAGCAUCUGCCCCGGGACCACUGACAAAACCGUCUGCUCGGGACAUGGGGUGUGCAGCAAUGAGCUGAAGUGCGUGUGUUACCUGGGCUGGGCAGGAGAGGACUGUAACACCACGUCGACGCUCAGCUAUCUCGUGGUGGGACCCACAGCCUCUGUAUCAGGCAUUACCAGUACCAAUAUCAUCAUCUCGGCCAUCGUAGGCUCCAUCCUUUUCCUUGCCCUCAUACUUGCUGUGACAGCCUGGUGCUACAAGAGCUACAAGCAGAGAUGCUACGUGGAGUCUGAGGUCCACCGAAGAUUCUGCCGGCAAAUGCCCCCAGGUGACUAUGUAACAAAGCCCAGCGAUGCUGAUUCAUUUUACAGCGACAUGCCACCCGGCAUGAGCACAAACUCGGGAUGCAGCUCCAAGAAGAGGUCAGCCUACCUGUCACAUCUCCAGAUUUGUGCCCUGUCCUUCACUCCAUCCAUCCCAUCCAUAACUCAGAACAUUUUACUAUUUGGCUUCAGGUCUAAUGGUCUCUCCCACUCGUGGAGCGAGAGAAUCCCAGAUGCCAAACACAUCUCUGACAUUUGCGAAAACGGCCGACCAAGGAGCAACUCGUGGCAAGGGAAUCUCGGGGGCAAUCGCAAGAAACUGAAAGGAAAGAAGUUUCGUGCUCGCUCCAACUCCACAGAGACACUGUCUCCUGCUAAGUCCCCCACUUCCUCUACAGGGUCUAUUGCAUCCAGCAGGAGAUACCCUUACCCAAUGCCGCCUCUUCCCGACGACCAGAGAAAAGCUAACAGGCAGAGUGCAAGGCUGUGGGAGACUUCGAUAUAAGAGCAGAGGAAAACACAAUGUCACUGAAACACACAUACACUAAAAGUUAAAUGGAUUCCAAUCAGUAAAGACUACAAACCGUGUUGAAAGAACCCAACGGAUGAAAGCAGCACACAUCUGAGCAAGUCUGGCUUGCCGGUGCUCAGACCACAACAUUGUCCUCCAUGUUUAUUUCUGCAUCUGUGGCUGAUUGGUGAGUUACAAACAUCAAAUGCAUGAAUUAACAAAGACACUUUGGACGCACGUCAGGAGCAAACAUAAAUGAUGAAGCAUCUUUUCUCCUCCAUGUUUCUUUGUACAUAUAUAAAGACAACAACACUUUCUCUUUCUGUUUGAAUUGCUUGAACGCCUCAAGCUUCACGAAUGUAGAACCUUCUUCUGUCACAUUCCUGUGUCCAACAGGACCAAUAUUUUUUUUACAUGCUACAAUGUUAAAUUGUUACGUUUGGAUGUCCGACACCCUUUAAGAGGUCAUGAAAAUGCACAAAACUCUUUGUUUCAUUCAGAGCUGGUCAAAGUUGUGUUUUAUUGGCCCACAUUGCAAACAAAACAAAAAAAAAUGUUGAGAAUGGUGCUUUUUAUUUUGCCUAUCUUUAUGAGAGACAGGAAUACAUUUUUUCUCUUUUUGUGCAUUCUAACGUGUAAUAAUCAGCUCGUUGUAGGUGGCUAACUAUGCAGCAAAAAGGAGUUAUCCAUUCUGCCUUUAAAUUACUCUAAAAUGCUUUUAAAAACCGCCAACUAACCUGUGUAAUGACCAAGCUGUAGUGACAUUGUUAUUGCAAGAGUUAACACACAGGAAGCGUAGAAAAACCUCGCCUAGCUCGCAGAGACACUCACAAACUACGGCUGGGCGGUAAACAGGUAUUACACUUUAUACCGGUAUAUAUUAGAAAAAAAUAUAUGUGUGCGUCAAAACCGCCAUACAGUAGGCUGAUCAUAUUCUGAAAUCCCAAAAAGAGGACUCAUAUACAGCACGCCAAGGCCGGGAGUAGGUGAAAAUUUGCCAAUGAUACUCGAACUUGCUUUAUAAAUAAUAUAUUUAUUUAAAUAAAGCAUUUUUUCUCCUCUGUUGACUGCUGUGUUGGCGCUAGGGAUUUUGGAAAUGGGGUCCCACAGUAAAUUUUUGGGUCCCACUUUUUUGUAACCGUUUUGAAAACAAAUGCUGAACAUAUUCAUUAUCCUGUUGUAUCUCACAUUCUAUAUCGUGUUUUGGAAAAAGGUUGGCAUAAAUGUUACUUAAUUCAUUAAAAAAAUGAAUAAAAAAAGAAAACAAAUGUGUAUACAUCUGUAAAUGUAUUCAUUUAUAAACAUUCAUUCACUUUCUUCUUCAUGGAUCUAAACUUUACCGCUGCUGGUAAUUUUUUUUUUAUGUUUUCAUUUAAUAAGUUGUAGGUGUAUUUAUUUCAGUAUAAAAGUGUAAAACGUGUUUUGCUUCGGUCAUGAAAUGACGAUAAUGGUGUGCCAGGGCAUGCAUUCAUUUUAUAUUUAACGCUUAAAUCUUUGGAGUCUAUAUCAACUUCACACCUAUCCCUCAUUUCAAAAUGUUUUUUUUUUUAUGUUGGUUUUUUGUUUUCCGCCCUUUUUUGUCAAACAAAACUAUGUUUUUAAUGGCAAACUCACAAAAAUAUUCAAAAUCUUCCACCAAAAAUAUUUUUCUUAGUGGAAUAUUUGAUGUGAAGUAAUGACAAUCUUGGAUUGGUCAUUAAUUCAUAAUAACAUUGAUUUUGAUUCAAUAUUAUGUUUUGAGCAAUGACAGUUUGAAUGAAAAAAACAGCUUUGUUUUAUUAGUCAACAUUGCAACUUUUUCGGAAUUACAUUUCACCUUUAAGCUUUUUAAUUUCACUUUUGUUAUGUUUUAGUUUAUUUUAAUAGUAUUUUUAGAAUGUGCUGCAGGCCUUUAAGUCAUUAGCUGUGAGCUGCAAAUGGCCUCUUUGGCACACUUUUGACACCCCUGCUAUAGAUAAUAAAAAAUUAAAUCUGAUUAAUCUAUCGCGUUUAUCAUAACACACAGUCACCAUCUCUGCUUCAGUAAACAAUGACGGUGAUGACGUCACUGUCAGUGAUGCUAACUUGUCAGCCACUUCUUCAAAAGACUCUUUUUGAACACUCCUCACACAUUAACACUUCAAAAGGCAAACAAUUGCCCUGUUUUUUUGACCUGCAAAGUAUGUUUUCGAGGUGGAGGAGUCUGCUCGGUGCUGGUUAGCUUAAAGCUAACAGCUAGAAUGUCUCCAUCCUCGAACGAUGUGGAUCCAGCGGGAGAUAAAAGUGAAGUUUCCAUGGACUCACAAAUACUAAAAUAACUCAUUUACUGGAGUUAAAAAUGUUGACUUUACACUCACCUUAGUGUUUACCGAGAAGUCUAUUUCCUUUUCCCGGCAAACCUUGAACCAACACUUCCUGUCAAUAGUGUCACUUCCCUAACUUCCCCGAAAGUCCCGCCCCCAGCCAAAGCCAUUGGCUAACACCCCGUAGCCAGCCGCUACAAUAUGGCUCUUGGGCCACUCUGAUGUGGCUCAGCUGCAUAUGGCUCAGCUGCAUAAUCGCCGACCCCUCCGAUUGUUUUGGGGGGGGUUUCCGGAUUUUAGUGCCUCUCCCGGGGUUAACAUUCUCCGAUUUUCACUCGGACUACAACAUUGAGGGCGUGCUGUAAUGGCUUUACUUUUAACGUCCUCUACAACAUGUCAUCGCGCCCGCCUUUACACCAUGCUAUCUGCGUGCCGGCCGGACGCAUGCAUCUCGCUGCUUCUAUCGUCACACGUACGAGAUUGCAAGGCAUACUUGGUCAACAGCCAUACAGAUUACACUGAAGGUUGUGAUAUAAACAACUUUAACACUCUUACUAAUAUGCACCACACUGUGAACCCACACCAAACAAGAAUGACAAACACAUUUCGGGAGAACAUUCUCACAGUAACACAACAUAAACGCAACAUAACAAUUACCCAGUGUCCCUUGCAUCCAUGACUGUUCCAGGCUAUAUUAUACACCCCCGCGCCCCCAACCCCGCCCACCUCAACCGACGGACGAAGGGGAGGGGGUUAGGUACAAACUUCUUUUUACAAACCCCGUUUCCAUAUGAGUUGGGAAAUUGUGUUUGAUGUAAAUUAAAACGGGAUACAAUGAUUUGCAAAUUAUUUUCAACCCAUAUUCAGUUGAACAUGCUACAAAGACAACACAUUUAAUGUUCAAACUGAUAAACAUUUUUUUUGUGUGCAAAUAAUCAUUAACUUUAGAAUUUAAUGCCAGCAACACGUGACAAAGAAGUUGGGAAAGGUGGCAAUAAAUACUGAUAAAGUUGAGGAAUUUUCAUCAAACACGUAUUGGGAACAUCCCACAAGUGUCCAGGCUAACCUACUCAGUGGCCUAGUGGUUAGAGUGUACGCCCUGAGAUCAGUAGGUUGGGAGUUCAAACCAAAGACUGUAAAAAAAAAUGGGACCCAUUGCCUCCCUGCUUGGCACUCAGCAUCAAGGGUUGGAAUUGGGGGUUAAAUCACCAUAAAUGAUUCCCAGGCGCGGCACCGCUGCUGCCCACUGAUCCCCUCACUUCCCAGGGAGGGAUCAAGGGGAUGGGUCAAAUGCAGAGGACACAUUUCACCACACCUAGUGUGUGUGUGACAAUCAUUGGUACUUUAACUUUAACCUAAUUGGGAACAAGUGGGUGCCAUGAUUGGGUAUAAAAACAGCUUCCCAAAAAAAUUAUCAUUCUUUAACAAGAAAGGAUGGGGCGAGGUACACCCCUAUGUCCACAACUGUGUGAGCAAAUAGUCAAACAGUUUAAGAACAACGUUUUUCAAAGUGCCAUUGAAAAAAUUUAGGGAUUUCAACAUCUACGGUCCAUAAUAUCAUUAAAAGGUUCAGAGAAUCUGGAGAAAUCACUCAACGUAAGCGGCAUGGCCGGAAACCAACAUUGAAUGACCCUGACCUUCAAUCUCUCAGACGGCACUGUAUCAAAAACCGACAUCAAUCUCUAAAGGAUAUCACCACAUGGGCUCAGGAACACUUCAGAAAACCACAGUCACUAAAUACAGUUCGUAGCUACAUCUGUAAGUGCAAGUUAAAGCUCUACUAUGCAAAGCGAUAGCCAUUUAUCAACAACAUCCAGAAAUGCCGCCGGCUUCUCUGGACCCGAGAUCAUCUAAGAUAGACUGAUGCAAAGUGGAAAAGUGUUCUGUGGUCUGACAAGUCCACAUUUCAAAUUGAUUUUGGAAAUAUUCGACAUCGUUUCAUCCGGACCAAAGGGGAAGCGAACCAUCCAGACUUUUAUCGACGCAAAGUUCAAAAGCCAGCAUCGGUGAUGGUAUGGGGGUGCAUUAGUGCCCAAGGCAUGGGUAACUUACACAUCUGUGAAGGCAUCAUUAAUGCUGAAAUGUACAUACAGGUUUUGGAACAACAUAAGCGCCGUCUUUUUCAUGGACGCCCCUGCUUAUUUCAGCAAGACAAUGCCAAGCCACAUUCAGCACGUGUUACAACAGCGUGGCUUCGUAAAAAAAGAGUGCGGGUACUUUCCUGGCCUGCCUGCAGUCCAGACCUGUCUACCAUCGAAAAUGUGUGGCACAUUAUGAAGCGUAAAAUACGACAGCAGAGUGCCCGGACUGUUGAACGACUGAAGCUCUACAUACAACAAGAAUGGGAAAGAAGUCCACUUUCAAAGCUUCAACAAUUAGUUUCCUCAGUUCCCAAAUGUUUAUUGAGUGUUGUUAAAAGAAAAGGUGAUGUAACACAGAGGUGAACAUGCCCUUUCCCAACUACUUUGGCACGUGUUGCAGCCAUGAAAUGCUAAGUUAAUUAUUAUUUGCACCCCGGGAUAUUCAACUGAAUAUGGGUUGAAAAUGAUUUGCAAAUCAUUGUAUUCCGUAACCAUUUAUAUUUACAUCUAACACAAUUUCCCAACUCAUAUGGAAACGGGGUUUGUAGAAGAAUAUGGUGGCUCCGGUGUGACUCCUCGACUCCUGAGUGAUGCAAUGCAUUCGUCACUCAGAGAAAAAUGAAUGCAACAAUAUACAGAGACAUUCCAGAUGAAAACCAAAGCUUCCAAUCCAACUUAAUGAAACUUGAGAGGUGCUGCAAAUAGGCAAAACUGCCCAAAGAUAGGCAUCGUAUUAAAAAAGACUUAGGGUUGUUUCUGCUGUCAAAGGAUGAAUCCACAAUCUACUGAGCUUCGAAUACUCAUUAUGUACAUAAGAUUUUUUUUUAAAUUUCUAAUACAUUUGCAAAAUUUAAAAAAAAAGUCGUGUUUUUUGUGGCAUUAUGUGCAGAAUGUUGAGGACAAAAAGAAAUGUAAUCCAUUUGGGAAUAAGGUUGUAAAAUAAAAUGUAGAAAAAGUAAAGCGGUGUGAAUACUUUCUGUAUGCACUGUAGUUGUCUCCCAUUAGCUGCAAUGUUAGCUGCAUCUUGCCAGCAUUUUCAUUUUUUUAGAUUUGGAAUCCAAAAAAAAAAAAUACUUGUUAGUUCUUGUCUCUCAAUGAUUGUGAAUGAGAAGUAACAUUCCAAAAAAGUGCAACCCCCUUGUAAGCUGCAGGCUGUUUUGUACUUUAAAUGAAUCCUUUCCUACUUAAAGUUUAUUUACUCCUUGAAGUUUUGCACAUUUUAUCUUGUCCAAGCCACAAACAUGAAUAUAUUAAAUAUGAAAGACCAAUUCAAAGCAGCACAUGUAGUAUUGCACAAAUAAUGUAUGAAUUUACAUUUACUUUGACAAAUAAGCCAAUAUUCAACAGGCUGUGCUUGUCCCUGCAAUUACAGUUGCAAGUCUUUUUGAGCUUUUUUCUCUAGCACAGUAUUUUUUUCAAAAACAUUACCACACAUUAAUCAAAGUAAAAAAACAGUUUUUGGUUUUGAAGUGUGGACAAGUUCAAGGAGUAUGACUAAUGUUUAAAAAUGUUGUAGUCUGUGCUCUACAUGAUGUGGAAUUACUGUCUCAUCAAGACUUUCGUUUUCAUGCCACUCUUAAAAAUUGUGAAUAAUCAACUUUGUGACAUUUCCACAAAAUCUUGAAAAAUUCCUUUGUCAGACCUGUAGGAUGUCAUCCAGCACCCAUGAUCAAACAAAGCUGAGUAGGCGGGGUGGGGGAAUAGGCUGCGGAGCAAAAAACAAGAAGAAUGCAGAUUUGGAGAGUCCAUCCAAUCUAUUUUCUACCGAUUGUCCCUUUUUGGGGUCGCGGGGAGAGCAAUAAAGUUAGUGUAGUGUUCCGCUGUGGUCAAUUUUAUAGUAUGUAACUUCUUAGCUUGAAUGGUUCAUUUUAGCCUGUUUGAAAAAAAUUCUAAUAUCAAAUUGGCCGCCGCGUCUUUUGAUGUUUCAGUCUCCCAAGCCUCAGUGGAAAAAGUUUAAACACCCUUGAUGUAUCGAUUAUAACAUUUUGAGGAUAUCUUUAUUACAUAACAUGUACACUGCAUGUCGGCUAUCCCAUUUUGAACACAACCUACAGGGAGUGCCACAAAGUCAUGGGUAUACUCAUUUUUACAUGACUGCACCAUAAUUAAUUCUGAAAGUCACAGUUUAUCUAUAAACUGUGACUUCAGAAAGACAAAAAUGUUUUAUUUUGUUUUGCCUUGUAGCAGCAGUGUUGCUAUGGAAGUGUUUAGGAAAGAAAACAUGUAAAGGAGGUACAAUUUUAACAAUGCAUUGGUUGUUUUGUUUAGCACCUGUGAAAUUCAUGUCUUCAUUAAGUUUUCGACAUUAUAAUGUAAAAGUCAACAUAGUGGAUUGAUAUUGCUACUAAUAGUAUAUUUUCAGUAGGUACCUUUGUAUUGUUCACUUUUUUGUCUUUACAUUAUGUACAGCAACGACUCACUCAGUCAUUAAGUGCUCUACUACUGUAUAUGUCUUUGAGUGGGGAUUUUAUUUUUCAUAUUGUUUGAUGGUGUUAAAAAUGAGCGAAUUUGCCUUUUAAAAUAAAUUUUUUCCAGCAUCUGGCAUUUCUAAUUGUAAUCAUUAUUAUUAUCAAUAGUAAUAAUAAUAAUAAUAAUGCACUACAUUGAGUCAAGAUGUUGGUAUGAUUGUCAUGGACCUAAUUCAACAUUGACUGACACACACAAGCAGGAUCUGCCUGGUUCAUUGAAUGUAAUCCUGAACAUACAUAAAAUUAAUUCUUCAUUUCAAUUUUCACUCUAAGCUCUGCAAACAUUUCCUGAUAAAAAACACUUUUUUUUUAAAUAGUUUUUGCUUGUACAGAUGCAAAAAUCACCUCCACUCACUCUUCUUCUGUUAAUUCAGUAUUGUAAUAUGAAAUAAAUCUUUCAUCAACAAAUUUGGUUGUCUUAACUGAUGUGGUGAAAUUGAGGCAAUAUGUACACUAUAUAUAAAUACAGUAUAUACAGUGGGGCAAAAAGUGUUUAGUCAGCCACCAAUUGUGCAAGUUCUCCCACUUAAAAGGAUGAGAGAGGCCUGUAAUUUUCAUCAUAGGUACACUUCACCUAUGUGAGACAGAAUGGGGGAAAUAAUCCAGGAAGUCACAUUGUAGGAUUUUUAAUUGGUAAAUUUCUCUGUAAAAUAAGAAUUUGGUAACUGACAAAAGUAGGAUUUCUGGCUUUCAAAGAGCUGUUUCUUCUUUCAAUCAAUCAAUCAAUGUUUACUUAUAUAGCCAUAAAUAACUAGUGUCUCA